AAUUGAAAUCGAAAAACUGUCGUCAAUCAAAACCCAAAACUGUGUGCAACAAGUUGUCAAAAGUGCAAGCAACAAAAAUAAAAAGCUCAAAGUGCAAAAUAAAGUAAAAGUGUAAUAAAAAGUGCAAUAAAAAAGCAAAUCAAAUGAAAAAUGAAAAGUGCUAAAAAUGCUGGUGCCAAGGCAAAUUAAAAAGAAAACUCUGUAGUCGAAGAACAGUGCGGAAAAAAACAACAACAAUUUACCCCUAAAAAAGAAAAGCGUUCACGCAACAACAACAACCUUCCCCUUUUUUCCAGUAAAAAAACAAACAACAACAACACAAAAAUGUCAACCAGCCGCCGUUUGGCCAAACGCUCAAUAAUUGGCACCAAAGUCUGUGCUCCGGGUCCGGACGGACUUUGGUAUUCGGGCGUCAUACAGGACGUUAAGACGCCCACACUAAUGUCCGCCGAUCCGAUGCCGCCGCCCACAUUCUUGGCGCCCGGCGAUGCGCAAUUGAAUGCGGAUACGCGUUACAUAGUUCGCUUCGAUUUCAAAACGCAAACGUUGCCCGCUAACGUUAAUGCUUCUUCUUCCGUCGCCGCCUCCGUCGCCGGUUCCGAGUCGGUUAUUGUCGAGACGCGUCGCGCCGCCGCCGCCGCAGCCGCUGCUGCCAGCGUUCACAUCAGUCCGGCUCAGGCAUUGCGUCGCAAUGCAAUGACAAAGGAGUUCCGUGAAUCCGAUCUGAUUGGACCCGGUUUUCGUUCCAUAAUGAGCAUUCAAUUGCAGCCGGGACAACGCAUCUUUAUCACCUACAAUGGACGGGAGCAGAGCGGCGAUGUGGUCCAGCAUGAUGUCAACAAGGAUGAGGUCGUUGUCAAGAUCACCACAAUUGGCAAUGAGGAACCCAUCGAGCUGAAGAAGCGUUUGGAGGAAGUGCGCCUGCUGGAGUCACGUCGCUCCGCUCGUUUAGCCGAUCAGGAUCGCGACACGGACUUUGCACGAUUGGCCGACAUGGGUGGCGAUCGUCGCCGAACCACACACAGUAUUGAGGUGCCAUUGACGCUGCCGCCGUCGCACAACUCACGAAAGCGUCCGCCAAGCGACACUUACGACUGCAGCAGCGAUGAUUGCAAAGUGGACGUCAUGAAUGAAUGUAAUGCAGCAUUAAUUUUAAUGAAUCUACACAACUCGCCGAAUACGGUGUCGGACAAAUGGUUUGGCUCCAGCCCGGGCAGCAGCUCGUCGGCCUCUUGGAGCUCCGGAUCGGCAUCGCCGCCAUUGAGCGAUGAUGGCAGUGCACUGCAUGGUCACAUUAUAUUGUCGCCGCACGAUGCGGCCAUUGCAUCGGCAAAUGCACGCAUACGCACAACAUCGGUGUCCACAUCGGAUGAGGGCAUUGUCACCGACUUCAAGGAGGAGCGCAAGAAGAAGUCGAAAAAAUUCCGCUGUAUCUGGAAGGGAUGCGGCACCGUGGAGCUCACACAAUUGAAAAUUGAACGACACGUGAGGGACACACAUUUGGGACGCUCUGGCGACUCAGAUUCCUGCAGUGAAAAUGAGCACGAAGAGGAGUUCUACUACGACGAAGACGACGACGACGAUGAGUCGACGAUCAAAACGCCUAGUCCUGCGUCACCGCCCACGCUCAGCCACCGGGACAUGGCGCGUCCGCCGCACGAGGAUCCCGAAUACCAAAGACAGAUCGUUGGCAAUUUCAAACAAGGACGCGCUAUGAAUAACUAUCACCACCUAACGCAUCAGCAAUCACAGCUACAUCACAGCAACAGCGGCAGCAGCGGUGCUCAUCACAUCACCAGCACACAGCAGCAACAGUUGCAGAAUAACAACACUAGCUGCAUACCGACAUCGCCGCUGGCGCAUCACAAUUACACUUGGUCAUCGGCGGCUGCGAUCACAGUGAGCGCUCCAUCGGCGACAUCCCACCACAGUAGCAGCAGCAACAGCGGCAACAGCAGCAACAACAACAGCCACCAUAACCAUCAUCAUCACCACAAUUCGACGACACUCAAUAAACACGCACGCUCAUCAUCGUCGCGUCCGUCCCACUCGACUGCGCCAUAUCCAUCGCCGACAUACGUCCAUCACCAUCACAAUCACAGCUACAACAGUCACAGCAGCAACAGCAGCAGUGGCAGCGGCAACAGCAGUCCGGUCAUACAUAGCAAUAGCAGUGCCAACAACAUGUUGCAGCAAUUGUCGCAACAGAAUGUCACAGUGACGGCGCAUCACACCAGCAAUGGCCACACACAACAGCAGCAACAGCAGCAGCAGCAGCAGCAACACCACCUGUCUAGCGUGACAAUCACGCCGAAUUACCAUCCGCCGCAGCAGCAACAGCAACAACAUCAUCAUCAGCAGCAGCAACAACAACAGCAUUUGCGCGGCCAGCAACAGACAACUGCCAGCAACAAUCAUGUUGCCAAUUCCGGCCAACAACAACAACAACAGCAACACAUGCCACUGCAACAUGUGGCAGUGCAACAAACGGUGAGCGCUGCCAAGCACACGCCCAAUUCACCAAAUCGUCGCACGCGUGGCGAGAACAAGAAAUGCCGCAAGGUCUAUGGCAUGGAGAAGCGAGAGCAAUGGUGCACUCAAUGCCGAUGGAAGAAGGCUUGCAGUCGCUUCGGCGACUGAAAGCGACAGAAAUCGUCGGCAGAGGCGGCAGCCCAAGCGUCGACGACACUGCGACAAGGCGACAUCGCAAAGGCAGGAGCAACAGCAAUAGCAACAGCAACACCAUCAGCAGCACCAUCAACAACAGCAGCAGCAUCCACAACAGCAACAUCUUCAUCGACAUCGACACCAGCAACAGCUGCUAAAAUGACAACAACUGUGGUAAGAUUGGCUGCCGAAGUGGCUGCUGGCAAACAGUUGCCAGCAUCGCUGACUAUCAAAACCAAUCGACGCUAUGGCGUCCACCACAUACAACAACAACCACAACAGCAACAACCACACAAGUACAACGGCAGCAAUUGCAAUGCCAACAGCAACAAUCACACUAACAAUAUCAAUAGAUUUACUCGCAUCAAAAGUGUUGCUACCUCGGUGAUUGUAUCGCCAAUUGGAGCAGCAACCAACAGUAGCAGCAGCAACAGGCCAACGCCCACCCCCUCGCCCACCGCCAACAGCAGCAGCAGUAGCAGCAACGAAGAUGGAGGAGGAGGAGGAGGAGGAGGAGGUGCUAGCGACAACAGCAAUGUUGCUGCAAUUGCUGCCGCUGCCGCCUAUGAGCAAGAACAGGUUGCUGCUGCCAAAGGGUUGCUGGCUUGGAGUCGAGCUGCAGCUGCAGGUCAGCAACAACAGCAGCAGCAACAGCAGCAACUGUUGCUGCAGUAACAACGAUUAAAUAUAGUGAAUGUUGUUGCUGUGCAAUCAGAUUGCUUCUGUUGUUAUUGUCGUAAAGUGUUGUUGACAAAAACAAAACAAAAAACAAAAAUGAAAUGAAAAUGAAAAAUGGUCUCUUCUUAUUUACUCUGCAUUGAAUUGUGCAAAAAACAAAGCAAAAACAAAAACAAAAACCUUAAACGUAAUGGUAUCUCUUUGUUGUUGUGCUGGUGUUGCCAACUGCCGUGCAAAUGUUGCUAACAUUUGCGCUGGGCAACAUUUGCAAUAUACAAUAAUAAUAAUUACAAAUAAUAAUAAUUAUAAUUAUAAACAGAAAUAAUUCAUAAUUAUUAUGCAUAAAUAUACAUAUAUAUAUAUAUACAUACAAUACAAUACAUAUUUAUUUUAAAACCUGACUUUGUUAUUUCUUAUGUUAAAAAACUAAACAACAAAAAAACAAAUUCGUGGCAAACAUUUUUCAGCUGCAAUUCGUUUGGCCAGCAAUUUUAUAUACAUAGAGAAAAACAACAAAAAAAAUGAAAGAAAAUGAAAAUGAAGAUAUGUUGAAAGUAUAGAGAUAAAAAAAGAAACAAAAAACAAUGAAAAAGAAAACAAAACAAAUCUUAAACAAAUAUACAUCUGAUUUUUUUUAGUUUGUAAGAAUCUAGUAAAUUUUUUCUUAGUAUUAGUGCAAUUUUUGUUCUUCUUCUUGCUCUAAAAAACAACAAAACAAAACAAAAAACAAAACGAACUCAACAAAAAGCAAAAACAAAUCAAAAUAUUCAACAAAUAACCAAUACGUAUAUAUAAAUAUAUAUAUUCAAAGCAUAUUAAUCAAGCAUCAACUUCAAAGAUAAACAAAAAGCGAAAAAAACUAUUCAUCUCUAAAAAAAAGAAAAAGAAAAGAAAAAUAGUGAAAUUACUUGUGUAUAAAUGAAAACAGAAAACAGUUAAACCAAUUUUACAUAUACAUGUGUAUUCUUAUGUAUAUGUGUGUGUGUAAGAUCGCUAAGAAUUAAGUAUUAAGCAAGAGUUCAUGAAUACAAAAAACUGCAAUACAUAAAUGAGUACUCAUAAAAAAAAACAAAACUUAAAAUAAUGAUGAACACAAGGAAAAUCGCUGAUUAAAUAUUAUAGAUAAUAAACUUAAGAGAACACCACGCCCCCCAUACAUACAUACAUACACACAUAUAUACAUACUACAUAUAUAUUUAUAUAUAUAUUUGCCGACCAUCUAUAGAACAAUUAUCCCCCCCAAAAACACACACAAAAGAUAAUGUAAUAUAUAUACCAUAUAAAGCAAAACUUUAAUCUUAAAUGUAGUAAAAUUUAAAAAAAACAAAAACAAGAAACAAGAAACGAAAUGCAAUAGGCAUAGGUAAAAACACAGAUAAACAGAUAAAGAUACAGAUACAGAGACAGUCAGAUACAGAAACAAAAAAAAAGGAAUACAACCGCAGACAGAAUGAGAAAAAAAAUAUACAUAUUAUCAAAAUUGAAAAUUAAAAAUUGCAAAAACUUUGGAGCCAAGAAGAAUAAAUUAUUUUUUGAAAGAAAUGUUCAAAUUUUAUUUCGUUGUUAAGCUGAUUAUUUGCAAACCACAAAAACAAAAAGAAACAAGUCUAUUAAUUAAUUUGUAAUGUACCUACGACUAAAAAAUCUAAUAUUUAGGACUUUAAAAACUGUUCGCGUUGUGCGACUAUUGUGAAUUGUUCAAAUUACGGUAUCAACAAUGAAGAUGAUGAUGAUGACGUCACAAACAGCCCGAAAUGAGGUUGAAGUUUGAAAUUGAGAGAGAGAAAACGAAAAUGAAAGGAGAGGAAAUAUGAAAAGUGGAAAUCGAGAAAAGAAAAUACACAAGGAAUUCUUAACCAAAUUGGAAGUACAAACUACAAUCUAGAAUAUGUAUAAACUAUAAACAAACAAAAAAAAGAAAAAAAAAAAAAAAAAAAAACUGAAAAAACAAA